AUGGAGGUCGAAAUCGUUUCGAAAGAGAUCGUCAAACCUUCAUCACCAAUCCCUCAUCACCUUAAAAAUUUCAAACUCUCCCUACUCGAUCAACUUCUUCCACCUCUUUAUGUGCCCAUUUUUAUUUUUUACUCCAACGAUGAUGAUCAUCCCUUUUCGAGUCAUGGCAGUCAAUGUAGAAAAUCAGAUAUUCUCAAGAAAUCAUUAUCUGAAACCCUAACUAAGUUCUUCCCUAUCGCUGGUAGAAUCAAAGAUAACAUCUUAGUUGAUUGUACAAAUGAAGGUGUCGAUUAUAUCGAAACUAAAGUUCAUGGCCUUAUGUCUGAUUUUAUGAGUGUGGAUGUAGUACACCAACUUAGUCCAUCUCAUAUCCUUGCAGAUAUCAAUGGUGCUGCUAAACAAGCUCAGUUGGUUGUUCAGGUGAAUAUGUUCGACUGCGACGGAGUAGCCAUUAGUGUGUGUUUAUCACACAAGGUAGUCGAUGCGUGUACAGCCAUGACAUUCUUAAACGCUUGGGCAUCCAAUGCUCGUGGCGUACAGACUGAAGAGAUUGUUUAUCCAACUUUCGAUUCGUCAUCCAUCUUCCCAGCACUACCUAUGGAGAGACAAGUACCACCAUUUGAACCUGAUGAUGCGGUGAAAGGAGAGAAUGUCAUAACAAAAAGGUUCAUAUUCCAUGCGGCCGGAGUAGCUUCCCUCCGUGAAAUUAUUGCAGCGUCAAGAAGUGGCAUCUCUGUGUUUUCAAAAUACCCAACUCGUGUUGAGGCCAUAUCCGCACUGAUUUGGAAGACCUUUAUCGAUAUCGAUAGGGUCAAAAUGCGUCGCAGUUCUCCGCCAUCUACAAAAACACCGGUGGCACUCAAAUCCUUGGUAAACUUUGCUGUGAAUUUGAGAACGAGGUUAGAACCACCACUGCCUCAAGCAUCAUUCGGGAAUGUCAUAAUGGAUGCAACAGCGGAAACAAUGACUACUGCAACGAGUAAUGACGACGAGAAUAGCAACGAUUUUGCAAAGAUAUUGGAUGGAUUAGUAGGACAGCUAAGGGCAGCAAUAAACGAGAUCAAUGGAGACUACAUAAGAAAACUCAAAGAUGGUGAUAUUGAUUUCUUAAAGUCAAUCGGAAACUCGUCUCAUCUCAGGAAUAUCAGUGCCGGUGGUAAUGAUGAUGGGGGUAUCAAAGUUCAGGUAUGUUGGAUUAGUAGUUUGAGUAGGUUUCCAUUCUAUGAAACUGAUUUUGGAUGGGGAAAACCGUGUUGCAUAGCUUGUAAUACUACUGGUGAAUACAAAAACUCUCUUUUGAUCAUGGACACAAAAUGUGGUACCGGAAUAGAAGCCUGGAUAAGUUUAGAAGAGGAAGACAUGUCAACAUUCGAGGAAAAUCAUCAACUUUUGCAUUAUGCUAAAACUUAA